AUGCUCCCCGCAGCCGUUCCGCGCGCAUGCCUCAUGCUAUACAAUUGGCCUGCCAAGUUCUAUACCAAUGCUGUGGAUCUAACGCUCCAUGAUCUUGCCGAAGGUCUCUGGUUAGACAUCCAUGCGAGAAGAUGCCAGAGGCGUGAACCAGUGUAUCGACCCAUAUUAUUCAUCGCAUCCUGCUUUGGUGGGCUCGCCCUACACUCUGCAGCUUCAAAAACGAGCACCUACUCGUAUUUACGAGAUGCGACGGUGGGGAUUGUAUUUCUGGGAACGCCCUUCAAUGGUACACCGAUGCAGAGGCAAGCACAAUGGCUGAUCGCAUAUGGGAACCUCAGGCGCGAGGAAACUUCCAGUGCUCUCGUCGAAAAUCUUGCUGCAGAGGAAACGAACGCACAUCUCAAAGAACUUGUUGACGAUUUUGCCAUAAGCGUCAACUCAGCCAAUUUCUCCAUUCCUAUACACUGCUUUUACGAAACCCAAAAGACAAAUCUCGCCAAAAAGGCACUCCCUUCAUCAUUGGCCAAAUACAUGCACUAUAACAGAUUUAUAGUGGAUAAGAAUUCUGCAUCCCUUCGAGGCUUCCAAAGCACCUAUCUCAACUGUACUCACGUUAUGAUGAACAAGUUUGCUCCUGGCACAAAUGAAUACGAUCGUAUUAGAAAUGUUGUAGUUGGCUUUGUUAAAAAUAGUCGCAACGUUCUCGCUAAACGCAGCCCUGCCUAUGAAUUGGAGACUCUGGACCAUCCAACAUGGUUUACUCACACCAGUCCAUAUGUCGCUUGGUAUCAAGAGCUACGAGGAGUGCUGUGGCACCGCAGCGAAGUUGGAGACCAAUCAAGUCCUCUAAUAUGCGUAGCAAAUAGGAUUGAGGCGGCCUGCACAAAUCUGAAAGCUCUCUAUUUCUCAGGGCUGGAUGCCCAAACAACCGAAGUCCUUCUCGGUACCAAACCCUCCUCGUACGCUCAUCCGAAUCAGGUCAUUCAAACGCUCCUUGCGCAAUACUUCCAGAUUAUUGAGAAUGACGUAUCUGAGCUCAAGAGAAGUUUGAAGAUUCUUAUUGAUAACAGCAAUGAUCUUGAUGACUUAAAAAAGAUGAUGGCUACCGGGUGGAUGUCGCCAUCCUUAGAUGUGUCAAGAGUCUUAAGACAGCUACUUUUUCUUCCUAGGGACACAAAAUUCAUGCUUGUCAUUGACAACGCGGAUUUCAUAAGCAGCCCCAAUUCCCUGGCCAGGUUUCUGGAUACUUGUAGCAAAAGUAUGCCGGUCCUAAUAAGUGGCACAUCAGCCAUCGGAAUAGACAGGUACAUACCCGGGGCAAGAAUCGUGGACAGAAAUACGGAAUAUACUGAAUGCUUGGAAUCUCUCAGAUUCGCAGCCAUCCACCUUCGCCGAGACAAGGUUGCGUCUGCUGAUGAGGGCACAAACGACUGGAUCUUCGCUCAUAAUGCGUAUAAGGAAUUCCAAAGAGAGGAUUCAGGUGUCCUAUGGAUCGAAGGGAAAGCUGGAAGCGGCAAAUCCGUCCUGGCGAAAUUCCUGCUCCAAAAGCUGCAGUCACUGCCGAAUGCUAACAGGGCGGCCGACCUCAAAGACAUAGUUGUGGAUUGGUUUUACAGCAGACGGGAUGGAGAAAUAACAAUGGCUCAUAGCUCCAUGCUCCGAUCUAUUGUCUAUAAAGUGUUCAAGGAUAGUCAGGAGACUUUCAAUUGUUGCAAGGCCUGCUAUCAGGAGCGCCAGCUUCAACCAGAUGGCUCCAGUGGGGAGUGGUCUUUUGAUGAUCUUCAAUGCAUUAUAAAAAGCAUUGUAUCAUCAAGCAUGCCCAUCAUAUGCAUCUUAGAUGGUCUCGACGAGUCUGCAGCAACCGAAAAAUUCCAGAGGACCCUCAUGCGAUUUAACAGUCAUGUUGAAAGCACUGCGCCCUCCAAAAAGUGCCACAAGAUCAUUCUUCAACAUGAGAACAGGCAAGAUAUUCUUCGAAUUAUUGACAAUGGCUUGGUUGCCAUUAAAAAGGUCAUGGAGUCCUUAGAUUCAUUGGAUGAGGACAACAGCAGCAAUGAAGAUCCGAUGCCGCUAGAUGAGAUCUUCGAAGAGGUGCCCCUAGAUGCGAUGAAUGGCAUUCGAACUCACUUAAUCAACAAUGCCAAAGGCGUUAUUCUUUGGGUUACGCUUAUCAUCGACCAGCUCAUGCAGCAUUGCCGCACUGGUGGAAUCACAUUAGAGGAGCUUGAAAGGCUACUCCAUUCUCUCCCACAUGAUCUUAUGGAAUAUUACGAAUACAUGGUCAAGGAGCUAGAGCAAAAAUUGAAUAAAGAUCAACUAGCAAGGUCAAGGAAAGCUCUCAUGUGGGUAAGUGGAACAAGCUUCGUACGAGCACUUACCAUACAAGAGCUGUGGGAUGCACUGGCUAUCCCCGAAGACGUUCAAAAGGCGCUUGAGUCGCGGAAGGAUUAUAGACAGGCCACUGGAUCUUAUUUCAAAACGUGGGCUGGAUUCCGCAGCAUACUUUACACUUGGUGCGGACCUUUUAUAGAAGUUAUGAGGGAUACGACUCGGCGAUACGGCCCUCGGGACGAUCGAGAUCACGUUGAACCGCACUACGUCGUCCAGCUUUUACAUCAGACUGUUAAAGACUUCUUAGCAGAUGAGAAAACGUCAAGUACACUUCGCUUCCAGACCAGCGACGCGAUACAAUUCGUGCUAGGUUCUACACAUAUCCAUCUCCAGAUAGUCUUGCCGCAGAAUAUAACAGCAUACACACAAUUCAGAAGAGAUCCCGACAAAAAGGAUUUCAUGGAUAAUCUGAUCAAUUAUCUCAAUAACAAAUGGCUGCUACGCUUUAGUCUCGAGGUCUUCAGCAAGAGGUACUCUAUACGGGAAGCGAUGCCCGAGAUGAGUAUCUUGUCGCAGCUUUGGGGUCAAAUCAAUACCUGGUAUGAGCUAAUCACUUCUACGAAUCAAGUCGAGGGGUUUGUAUUGUCUGCGUGUCUGAACGGCAAGGACGUGGCCCUACAAAACCUGCUCCAUAUUUGCAUCUCGCCUUUCGGGAACUUCCGGCGGUCGGAGAUCCAGGAUCAAUGCCUCGAUGGCGCACUCGUUGCAGCAGCGAGAAUCGACUCACCGGCACUGGUUCGGAGAAUCCGAAACUACAAAUACGUGUGGGACAGAGCAAGUGAGUUAAGGAAGAAGGCUAUUCGACAAGGGAAGCUACAGUUAGCGGCAGCGCUUGGCACCGAGAAUUAUAAUCCCGAAAGGGACCUAGAGCUUCAGAUGGCUCUUGGAGACUCUUCGGCAGUGAGUGCGCUCCAAUACGAUUUGGUGAGUUCAACUUUCGGGCUGAGAAGGUUGAUGGCAUCUGAUAGAGCUCGCAAAUAUGGCGUGCAACGAUAUGCAGAGGACGAAGCCCCUGUGAAGGACAGAGAGAAGACAGAACAGUGUAUUGAUGAACUCUUUGCUUUCUUUAAAGUUCGAGAAUAUACCUAUGUAGUGUAA